GCAAGAGCUGUCAAAAUGUGCAUGAGUUUUGCUUUGCAUGCAUUGCAUUGAAAUUUUUCCAAAUGGCAGAUUCGCCGAAAAGUGAUAAAAAGUGGACGCACGAGCGCAAAAAAUUGCUUAUCACCGUAAGGCUCAGCCAUGAAAGUGAUUUCGCAACUAAAACAAAAAAGCGCAGCACAAUUUGGCAAAAAAUUAGGCGGGACAUACUGAAAAAAGACAAUGCAUUUCCAUUUUCACUUGAUGAAAUAAUGCGCUGCUACACCAACUUGUUGGGCACAUAUAAGAGAAUAAAGAGAAGAAGCGCAAUGUCCGGCAAAGCUGCCACCAAUUGGGAGUUCUUUGAAGAAAUGGACGAAGUAUACGGUACGCGCUGCAGCGUCGUUGUACCUGAGAAUACGGUGAAACAUUCUUUAGAACAAACUGCAAACGAAAACUCUUCUUCAUCGCCUUCUCCUUCACCUUCUGCAUGCUCAGAGGUCACGCAUACGAUAAGAACGCGAAAACGUAAAAGAAAUGAAGUUAUUGCCUUUUUGGCCUCCGAAUCCGAAAAACAAGAGAAAUUGUUUCAGGUACUGGUGGAGACAGAGAAAGAAAAAGUUAAGAUUGAAAAGGAAAAAUUGUUGGAACUAAAAUCUAUACGGAAAUUGUAUGAACGAAUUUUAGAACGCAAUAUCGACAUUAUCUAACUCUGUUUUUGAUUAUUAUAACCUGAACAAAGUAUAUUAAGAUUACCACGACGUUUGUAAUGCCUAAAAGGUUAGAGACCCUAUAAACUUUAUACAUAUCUACAUAUAUGGAA